GGGCGGCCCGCGGGGCCUGCUAUUAAUACCGCGGCCGCCGAGCCCGGGUCGCUCAGCCAUGGCCAGCCCGGAGCCCCGGCGCAGCGGGGACGGCGCCGCCCAGGCCGCGAGAGAAGCAAGAGCAGAGGCUACGUCUCCUCUUCAGGAGGAGAGUUCUGACUCCCUGUAUGAGGUGGGCGUCUGGAACCCAGAAGUUACUCUGUCUUUGGAGGGGACCUUGAACUUAGAGGACAUUCUCUACCUGGGGGACCCAGGUAACCUUGAUGAGGCCCUGUAUGUGGAAGAGACAGAGAUGCCGGAGGAGACACUGUAUAUUGAGGAGGCCAGGCCACCAGAUGAAGCCCUGUAUGUGGAAGAGCCAGUGAAGCCCGAGGAGACGGUGUGUGUGGAGGAGCCUGCGGAGCCAGGAAAGACCACAAACCCAGAGCAGGUGAUUUAUGGGGGCGAGACUGCCCAGAGCGAGGAGAAACCUAACCUGGAGGAGAGCCUCAGAGCUGGGCCAAGUCCCAGCACAGAGGGAAGCCUGAGCAUAGAGGACCUGGAAUUGCUGGAGGGGCGUUUCCAGCAAUGUGUCCAAGCCGUGGCCCAGCUGGAAGAGGAGAGGGAUCAGCUCAUCCACGAGCUUGUGUUGCUCCGAGAACCAGCCCUACAGGAGGUGCAGCAGGUCCACCAGGACAUCUUGGCUGCCUACAAACUGCACGCCCAGGCAGAGCUGGAGAGGGAUGGGCUGAGAGAGGAUAUCCGGCUGGUCAAGCAGAAGCUGUUCAAGGUGACAAAGGAAUGUGUGGCCUACCAGUACCAGCUGGAGUGCCGACGGCAGGAUGUGGCCCAGUUUGCCGAGCUCCGGGAAGUGCUGACCGCACGGGCAGCCCAGCUCUCAGAGGAACUGGCCCAGCUCCGGGAUGCCUAUCAGAGGCAGAAGGAGCAGCUACGGCAGCAACUCGAAGCACCUCCAAGCCAGAGGGAUGGGCAUUUCCUCCAGGAAAGCAGACGGCUCUCUACCCAGUUUGAGAACCUCAUGGCAGAGAGCCGCCAGGGCCUGGAGGAGGAGUAUGAGCCUCAGCUGCUGCGGCUCCUUGAGAGGAAAGAAGCCGCAGCCAAAGCGCUACAGAAGACCCAGGCCGAGAUCCAGGAGAUGAAGGAGGCUCUGAGACCCCUGCAAGCAGAGGCCAGGCAGCUCCAUCUGCAAAACAGGAACCUGGAGGACCAGAUCACCCUCAUGAGGCAAAAACGAGACGAGGAGGUGCAGCAGUACAGGGAACAGCUAGAGGAAAUGGAAGAACGACAGAGGCAGCUAAGAAGCGCGGUGCAACUCCAGCAACAGAAGAACAAAGAGAUGGAGCAGCUAAGGAUCAACCUUGCUGAAGAGCUCUCAGCUUACAAGGCUAUGCUACCAAGGAGCCUGGAACAGGCUAACGCUCCCACUUCUGAGGCAGGGGGAAUUGAGACACAGUCACAAGGGGCUGUUUAGAAACCUAUGGCCGAAUCUGUAACUGAGAAACAACAGAAAAACAUUUCCUAGCAAAGGAUCACUAAGUAUCCUUUGGACAGACUUUUUUUUCCAAAUAGAGAAGGGAGUGCCAGGGACUUGGCAAGCAGUUCUGGGGAAGUUACAAAUACUGGCUGACCUGUUUAAAAAGAUUCUAGGGCUGGCUGGAGGCAGAACACUAUCAAUCAGCUCUUGGCUGGAUUCUGUUUUGUAAGCUUCUGGUACUGAUCUCAGCGGACUGAAGAAUAUAUAAAUGUGCCUAUCACCCAGAAGCAACCCUCCACGUGGCACUGAGUAAAGGAUGAAUGUAUGGACACACCCACCUUGCAGUGCUGUGAAGAAUGUUAUCUUACCUUGUAUUGACCCAAACCAAAAACCUCUUCAGGAACACAGAUGGGGUCAAAGACAGCAGAUUUUCAUUACAGUUGACACUUGAACAACAUGGGGGUUAAUUUGCAUAUAACUUAGUUGGUCCUUGGUAUCUGAGGUUCCUCCACAUUCAUGGAUUCAACCAACCACUGACGGUGUAGUACUGUGUGACAUUUACUAUUGAAAAAUAUCUGUGUAUAAGUGGACCUGCACAGUUCAAACCCACGUUGUUCAAGGGUUAACUGUAUAUGGGUUUACAAUUUUAACUUUUAUGCCAUGAGUGUUAAGACUUUAAAUGAAUUCCUUUACAAAGUUUACUUUUCUUUAAGUCUGUGCUGACUCAUGUAGAUUAUGUGUCAAUUUUCACUAUACUCUAAAAGAACUACUGACUUACAGAAAAGAACCAAUCCAGAUUUGAACUUAAAGCUUACGGAUAUUCAGAUUUCUCCAAACACCUUACCUCAUGACAAUGAUGUGGGGUGAGAGCAAUCUACUCAGUUUAACUGGGUGAUUGGCAAGGAACCAGAAGUUUUAUCUGGUUAUGGCACUUGGCUUUCAAGAGCCUACUUUCCUAACCUCUAACUAUAGGCCCCCAGUGAAAAACAUACUGGGGAGAUUCAACCUCUCUCUGAGAAAAGGUCAAACACCUUUUCCAAAUUUAAACUUUGCCUUAAAUUCUCUGCCACACUGCCUUUGAUGUUCUUGAAAGUCCAUGUAGUUCUUAGAGAGAGACUUCAAAAAUGUGUUAUUUUAUCAAAGACUAAUCUGUGCACCUCUGAUUCAGUAUUUUAUGUCUUUCACUUUCCCUGGGAAGGAGUAAAGCUCUUUUCUAUACUUCUGGGUCUAUUAUAUUUAAUUCUGCUCUUGGUUGUCAGAGAUCAUAGAAAACAACUGUCAUCUGAACAACUCUUCUAGAAGCCAGAGACUGGUGUUUGAUGGAUGUUACAUACUAAAUAAAACCCAUCAGCAUGGGGUUAUGUAGAAAAGCAAUUUAUUCCAUUAUAAGCACUUACACAGUUAGUCAUGGAGAGUAACAGGCCUGCUGGUGAAACAGGUCACCCAGAAUAAGAGACGGUAUCGAACUAGUGGUCAAGGACUAACUCCUAAAAAAAAAAAAAAAGCAACUCUUAUCCAGGAUUAAUUUAAUUUUAAAAACAAAUACAA